CGUCAUUGCGCAUAGACGUCCAUAGCGGGUUGCAGCUGUUCGGACAAACAAUAACACAAGCUGAGAAAUAAAGUGCAGAUACCGCAGUGAGCCUCAUCACUUCAUUCAGCCGCAACCGUACCCUGAACCAACACUGCGGCUGUCCUGUCACCGACUUCCUCGCUGAAGUAACUCUGGCCUCGGCUUGUUCUUCCAGUGACUCGGAACAGGGCGGAGCUUCUCCACCGCGGAAGAAACCCCGAGCGUCGGCGGCGGAGGGCGCAGGAGAGACCGGGGCUUGUGCCGGGGCUGCUGCGGGCCUCUGUGCGCCUCUUCUGGGCUUCGCUUCUUACCCGAACCGCCGCGCUGUUCCUGCUCUCAACAUCAACCAGCACUCGGGCACUGAUAUUAAUUCUAACAUGCAGGCCAACGGGGCAGGACAGGAACAAAACUCUGAGCUGUCCUGCCUGAAUAGCGCCCAAAACGGCGAGUCUUCGGCGGCCGGAGAAGCGCACUCGAACGGGCUACUGUCCUCCACUAACAGCGGCAACGGCACCGCUGUCCCUGCUAACAACGGAGUCCCAACCCCGGGGAAUCACUCUUUCACUGCGAUCCUGACCUCCGACACGGGCUCGAUGAAAAAGAAAAAGCGACUGUCUCAAGCCGACGAGGAUGUCAUCCGUUUAAUAGGACAACAUCUACACGGACUAGGGCUUAAUCAGACCGUGGACCUGCUCAUGCAGGAAUCUGGCUGCAGACUUGAGCAUCCGGCUGCCACCAAGUUUCGCAACCAUGUUAUGGAGGGAGAAUGGGACAAGGCUGAAAGUGAUCUGAAUGAGUUAAAAGCACUGAUGCAUUCAUCAAACGCUAUUGUGCGUAUGAAGUUCUUGCUCCUGCAGCAGAAGUACUUGGAGUAUUUAGAAGAUGGGAAGGUUUUAGAGGCACUGCAUGUUCUGAGAGCCGAGUUGACUCCUCUGAAAUACAACACAGAACGCAUCCAUAUCCUGAGCGGGUACCUGAUGUGUAGCCAUUCUGACGAUCUCCGAGCCAAAGCUGAGUGGGAGGGAAAAGGAACGUCCUCCCGCUCCAAGCUGCUUGACAAACUCCAGACCUAUCUGCCCCCUUCUGUGAUGCUGCCUCCACGCAGGCUACAGACUUUACUGCGCCAGGCCGUGGAGCUGCAGAGAGACCGCUGCCUCUACCACAACACCAAACUCGACAACAGUCUGGAGUCUGUGUCCUUGCUGGUGGACCACGUGUGCAGCAGAAAACAGUUCCCCUGUUACACGCAGCAGAUCUUGACAGAGCACUGCAAUGAGGUCUGGUUCUGCAAAUUUUCUAAUGACGGCACCAAACUGGCCUCUGGUUCCAAAGACACUACAGUAAUUGUCUGGCAGGUCGACCCGGAGACACACUUGCUAAAGCAGCUGAAGACACUGGAAGGCCAUGCCUAUGGGGUGUCAUACCUGGCUUGGAGCCCAGACGAUGCAUACCUGAUAGCUUGUGGCCCAGAUGACUGCUCCGAGCUUUGGCUCUGGAACGUUCAGACGGGAGAACUGAGAACAAAAAUGAGUCAAUCCCAUGAAGACAGCCUGACAAGUGUAGCAUGGAAUCCAGAUGGCAAACGCUUCGUCACUGGAGGUCAAAGAGGCCAAUUUUAUCAAUGUGAUCUUGAUGGAAACCUGUUGGACUCGUGGGAGGGGGUUCGUGUUCAAUGCCUGUGGUGCUUAAACGACAGCAAAACUGUACUGGCUUCAGACACACACCAGCGAAUCCGGGGAUACAACUUUGAAGAUCUGACUGACAGAAACAUAGUUCAGGAAGAUCACCCAAUAAUGUCUUUCACCGUGUCAAAGAAUGGCAGAUUAGCGCUUUUAAACGUUGCGAAUCAGGGAGUUCAUCUGUGGGACCUGCAUGAUCGGGUUCUGGUGAGAAAGUACCAAGGUGUGACCCAAGGAUACUACACCAUCCACUCCUGCUUCGGAGGCCAUAAUGAAGACUUCAUUGCAAGUGGUAGCGAAGACCAUAAAGUGUACAUCUGGCAUAAGCGCAGUGAGCUGCCCAUCGCCGAGCUGACAGGCCACACUCGUACUGUGAACUGUGUGAGCUGGAACCCCGUCCUGCCCGGACUCAUGGCCAGCGCUUCUGACGAUGGCACUGUCCGGGUCUGGGGUCCUGCUCCCUUCACCGACUCCCAGGAUGUUGAGGGGCUGGGAGAAUGCUGUAGCAUGGACAGUUGAUAUUGGCUGUGAAGCAGUCAGGAAUCCAGAGUAAACACUGCAAGAAUGAAGUAAAACGCACACUGAUGUUUUUUUCUGGAGGUUUAACCCCGCGUAGUAAUGGAAUGGCUGAGCUAACGCAGAAAUGCCGGACCACUUGAAUAAAACUCACCCAGCCGCUGGCCUUUCGCCCUCAGACCUGAAGGCUCGUUGAGCUCUUAGUCUGGCAUCCGUCUCUUCUAAGGAGCUGCAGCCUCGUAGAAAAACCACAUCAAAUUAUUAUUUAUUUCUACUAUUAUUUAUUAUAAAUCCCUUGAGGUGCCCGAGUUGUAGUCAUGGAAUGCUCUGUUCUUUACAAAAUUCAUGUAGUAAAGUUUUCUUUUAUUAUGAUCAUGAUAAAUAUUUUAAUUAGUUUAGCUCAUGUUAUCUUAAAGACCCCUUAGAGAUAGGUAUGAGGGUAGAUUGGGUUUGAGGUUUGAGGUCCCAGGAGAUCGUUUUUCCCACAUGAACAUUUUUCUAGGUAUGGCUGCAUGCCUGAGAGAAAGCUUUCACCAGCAGAAUAAACCAAUCAAGUCAUUUUCUUUCUAAGUGAUAAUCAUUUUAAUUGACUGAGUUAGUUUGUGAGCAUUUUUAACAGCUGGAUCAGAUCCAUUUCAAUUUCUGAGGAAGAUCUUAAAUGUUUUUUUGUCUUUCUUUAUUUCUUUAUUUUUAUGAUUUCUGAAGUUUCAUCUUGUCAGUUGCGUCUAAUGGUAAACCAAUGCCAGGAGAUGCAGCUCAAAAUAAAUAAUAUCUUUUCACAGUGGGCCAGGGGUAAACCGGAAAAGAAAUUGUUCCAUGAACUGACCUUACUUGAAUCUUUGAACCUGUCAGAAAAUGACUGACUCAUCGACGAGAUGUUGAUGACAGAGGAUUUCAGAUUAGUCACCCAUGGCCAUUCUCUUAUCUGCAUGCUCCUCGUGCUGUCCUCUUUGCCGACGCCGUAUAAGACUUAGACCUUAUUUAUAAGGUUAUGAGCACAUGUAUAUACUGACCAUCCCUAGUGCAAGAAACGCCAGGAAUGUUUUCUCUUUGUAAAUUGCUGAUAGGUGUUGGUCAUAUCUGGAUUGUGUUAUUGUAGCAAAGUGUUUUUGGUGAAUGAGCUGUUGGUUUUGAGAAAUCAGGUGUCAUGAAUGAUAGGGCUUUGGCUUUCUUUUUACUUACUUUACUUUCUUUAAGCUUUUGUUGUUCAGCUUCAAGGGGUAUAACGAUACACACAUUUUAUGAUGCCGUUGGCUAAUCAACUGUUUGUAUGCGCGCGCGCGUGUGUGUGCACAUUUGCUGAAACUAACCAAUGUUCUGUGCUCAAAUUUUAGCAUACCUAGCAAAGUUA